AUGCAGUGAGUUCGAAGCUAUCCUACUCCUUCGGAGCGCUUUUUAGAUUCGAAAGUGUUCGAUUUCUUUCGUCCGUUGGCGUCAUUUUCACAUACGCCGCAGUAAUCCAUAUUAUGGCCAUCGUGACUUUCCAAAGUAAUAUUCCAAUUCUUCUCACUCACCCGUUAACUAUCUGUUCCACGUUCAUGCUGUUAAUUUGGUUCAAAAAAUUUGGUCAGUGGAUGUCUCGUGCUCGACGAGCCACUUUCAACGAAAAAAAUCUGCUGCUCACAUAUCAGCCGAGAGCUCUCACUCAUGGACAUCUCUUUGUGCCGGACCCACCCACUCCCGCUCGUGCUCCAGAAGGCAGUGGCGGUGGGGAAUCUUGUACUGCCACUGAGUUCCGAAAAAUGAGAGAUGAGCACUAUAAGGACGAGUUCCACAAAGCGAUCAAUUCUUCCAUGGAAAGAAAUCUUCCACAAGGGGUGUGUGGGUGUAGAUGCGUGGGAGCUUUGAAAAUGAUAUAUUCAGAAAGUUGAAAGUAUGAGAAUCGAGUUCGAUGAGUCCGGCUCCCCGGCAUCCUCAUCUACCAAAUCGCCUGCUUCUUCCAGCUAUCAUAUUUGA